AGGCCGCGGUCGGGGCGCGCGUAUUUCCGCCUGCGGCCGGCUGUUGGGGCCGGGGCAUGGAGGUGGGCUAGCGGGCGGCGCCGGGCCGAGCGGGGUGGGCCGAGCGGCGGGCUCGAGGCUGCAGGCCGGACUGCGUGAGUGCUUGCGCUGCGCGGGCGCGCGGGACUGCUGGGAGUAACCGCCGCGGCGCUUUCAGAAAUGCGCGUCUGUGCGCGGAGCUCGGCGCGCCCCCGCCAGUAGUGGCCCUGAGGGACUCUUCUCCGCGGCCGUUUCGCCAGGUGCAGAAUGAGCACGUGCUGCUGGUGUACGCCCGGUGGCGUUUCCACCGUCGACUUCCUGAAGCGCUAUGCAUCCAAGACCCUGUCCAGCGACUUCCAGACAGCCGAUGAGGACCUGUGCUACUGCCUGGAGUGUGUGGCUGAAUACCACAGAGCGAGAGAUGAGUUGCCCUUCUUGCACGAGGUUUUGUGGGAACUAGAAACUUCACGUCUCAUAAACCAUUUUGAAAAAUCUAUGAAGGCAGAAAUUGGAGAAGAUGAUGAGUUAUAUAUAGUAGACGACAGUGGAGAAGCUCAGCUGUCCGACUUCACUGGGCAGGAUUUUGAAAACAAGCUCCGCGUGCCUCUCCUCGAGAUACUGAAGUACCCUUACCUGCUUCUGCACGCGCACGUCAAUGAAUUGUGUGUUGAAGCACUUUGUCGGAUGGAACAAGCCAAUUGCUCCUUUCAGGUUUUUGACAAACAUCCAGGGAUCUACCUGUUUUUGGUCCAUCCCAACGAAAUGGUCCGUCGUUGGGCUAUCCUGACUGCAAGAAACUUGGGGAAAGUGGACAGAGAUGAUUACUACGACUUACAGGAGGUCCUGACUUGCCUUUUUAAAGUCAUUGAAUUGGGGCUUUUGGAAAGUCCAGACAUUUAUACUUCUUCUGUUCUGGAAAAGGGUAAACUGAUUCUCCUGCCUUCACACAUGUAUGAUACAACCAACUACAAAAACUAUUGGCUGGGUAUUUGCAUGUUGCUGACCAUUCUCGAGGAGCAGGCCAUGGACUCGCUGCUGCUGGGCUCAGAUAAACAAAAUGAUUUUAUGCGAUCGAUACUUCACACCAUGGAGGGGCAGUCGGACGAUGACAGUGUGGAUCCUUUCUGGCCAGCACUGCAUUGUUUCAUGGUGAUUCUGGACCGCCUUGGCUCCAAGGUCUGGGGCCAGCUGAUCGAUCCUAUCGAGGCAUUUCAGACCAUCAUCAACAGUGAGAGCUACAGGAGAGAGAUCCAGAACGUUCGGAACAGCUCUGCAAGGACCAAGUUAGAACCGGAGUCGUAUUUGGAUGAUAUGGUGACUUGCAGCCAGAUUGUAUACAAUUAUAAUCCUGAGAAGACUAAAAAGGAUGCAGGGUGGAGAUCAGCCAUCUGCCCAGAUUAUUGUCCUAACAUGUAUGAAGAAAUGGAAACGUUAGCCAGUGUACUUCAGUCAGACAUUGGUCAAGACAUGCGUGUUCAUAAUAGCACGUUUCUGUGGUUCAUACCUUUUGUUCAGUCCCUGAUGGAUCUGAAAGAUUUGGGUGUGGCUUACAUAGUGGAGGUUAUCCAUCAUCUCUACUCUGAAGUCAAAGAUGUCCUCAAUCAAACAGAUGCUGUGUGUGACAAAGUCACUGAAUUUUUUCUUCUAAUUUUGGUGUCAGUGAUUGAACUGCACAGAAAUAAAAAGUGCUUGCAUUUGCUGUGGGUGAGUUCCCAGCAGUGGGUGGAAGCCGUCGUGAAGUGCGCCAAACUCCCUACCGCUGCGUUUGCGCGGAGCUCCGAGAAGUCUUCGGGAAGUGGCUGCAAGGGAGCGGCCGUGGUCUCGUCGCUGGCGUUGCAUUCGAUGCCGUCUAACUCUGUCCAGCUGGCUUGUGUGCAGCUGAUCAGAAGUCUCCUCAGAGAAGGCUAUCAGCUUGGGCAGCAGGCCCACUGUAAGCGGUUCUGGGACAAGCUUAAUUUGUUCCUUCGGGGAAACUUAUCUCUAGGUUGGCAAUUGACUAGUCAAGAAACCCAUGAGUUGCAAACGUGUUUAAAACAAAUUAUCAGGAACAUAAAAUCCAAAGUACCUCCGUGUAGCACUUUUGUGGAUCUGACUCCUGCUUGUAAAAUCCCUCCUGUAUCUUACAAGGAAGAAAGUGACCCAGCAGAGAAGAAACCUAGACAUGACACGCAUUGUCUGGAAAACUGCAGUCCAGCGUUUUCUAGAGACUCCGUGAAGGCUGGUGCACGCCAACUGCAAGAGAAGGCACUGGUCCAGGCCGAGGAGGAGGACGCGGAGCAGGGUUGUGUGACGGGCUGCAAGCCAGGAGGUAAUGUGUCAGCCGCGGCGUGCUCGGAGCAGAGCCGUGAAGGCCGUUUCGCUGGAAGGGCUCGAGAGGAGAGCGGAGCAGGUGCAGGGCAGCAGCCAUCUGUGAGGGAGAGCGCCUCGCGCUUGCUGCAGAGUCGCCCGGCCAGCAGUGGUUCCGAAACGGGGUGUGACGGAGGACUGACGUCAGCGUGUGCUUUGACUGAUUGUAGCAGUAGUUCUCUGGGAAAAGUGUCUUCUUCAAACGAGGAGGUCUCUCUCAAGGAUGACCUUGGUAAAACCUCAAAACCAAAAACCAAGGCACAGAGAGAGGAAAUCUGUGCCAGGUUGUCACGGGUCAUAAGGAAGCAAUACAGGAAAACCACCUGUGUCCCUGAUGCUGGCAGGUUAGAGGAAAAUCCGGCUGUGUCUCACCCUGAGAGCUGCUGUCCAAGGAAAGAGGUGGGAGUUCAGAAAGGGAACGGCUUCAUACACAGUCUGUCUCUAGAUGCUAAUGCUGUUCUGGAUCAUAAUGGAGAACUAAAGAAAAAGUUGAAAACUGAAGAGGUAGAUAUUUUCUCUUCCCACAAAAGCAGCUGUAAGAGACAGGAAGGUGGUGUUGAUGGUGAGGAUUUGGUGCCUUGUGCGGAGAUGAACAGUGCCUCAGUGAGGGAAACGUGUGCACUUGGAGGUUCUGUGACUGUGCUCGACUCUAGAGACAAGGCUGCGAUCGACUCUAGAGACAAGGCUGCGAACAAGAGCGUGGGUCUGCUCUCGUGUGACGUGGCGAGAGGAGAGGCGCCUGGCCUCAGUCCCCGCUCGGACACUCUAACAGAUUCUCAGGUAGACCGAGACCUCCACAGACUCUCCUUGAUGGCUCAAGCUAGUGUCAUCAAGUUUCCAUCCGAUUCAGUGCAGAAAAACUCAUUCCAGCUACAAAGGAAAGCAAAAGAUGAUAAUAAAAGGCAUUCUAAAGCCAACCAGGAUAAUGCUGAAGACCUCAGCUGUGGACAGGUUAUUGUCAUUUCAGAUUCUGAUGAUGAAGAGGAAAGAAUCCUGGGUUUUGAGAAACACAAGAAACAGAACAAAAAAUGCCUUGGGGAAGUGCGUCCAGGGCAGCGAGCUUCGGUCGUCAAUACUAACAUGGAAAAAAAGCUAAUGGACGAGGAGAUGGUGUCCCUCUUAGAGGCUGAAGACAGUGAGUCGCAGUUGUUUGAGUUUGAAAGCUCAUCUGAAGUAUAUUCAGCUUGGCAAGAUGGUAAGGCAGAGCCCAGUCCACCUGGAAACGUACCCUCUCCCAGUCCACCUGGAAACGUGCCCUCUCCCAGUCCACGUGGAAACGUACCCUCUCCCAGUCCACGUGGAAACGUACCCUCUCCCAGUCCACGUGGAAACGUACCCUCUCCCAGUCCACGUGAAAACGUACCCUCUCCCAGUCCACGUGGAAACGUACCCUCUCCCAGUCCACGUGAAAACGUACCCUCACCCAGUCCACGUGGAAAGGCCUCUCCCAGUCCCCGUGGAAAGGCCUCUCCCACUCCUGUGACUGACAUCACACCUGAUUGGUACUUUGACCGGAAGACGAGUGAGCCUGACGCGAACACUAAGGAAGUGGCCAAGGGGGCUGAAGAACGUGCGGAACCGCAGAGCAGUAGUACUUGUGAGGAGCUCUGUGAAGGUGAAGUCAGAGCGAAGAGAAAACGAUUGGAAAAGCCCGGGGCCGAAGAGCCUGCUAGGCCUUCAUCUUCUGUCAGCAGUGAGGACCGGCCUGAGAACCAGAGAGAACCUUCUGGGAGUGCAGACGAGAGAAGCGUAGCUCCCGAUUCCAGCGCUGACAGAGCCGCUGCCGUGUCACCCAGGAAAUCCCCCAAGCUGCGUACGUACUCAAAGCCCAUCAGGAGAGUCCUGCCUUCGAUAACGUCUAAGAAAACACCUUCAAGUGCCAGAAGAGGGCAGAAUAAAAGUCUGAAUUACCUAAGUUGUAGGACGACGCCUGCGAUUGUGCCACCAAAGAAGUUUCGCCAGUGUCCUGAGCCAACUUCAACAGUUGAGAAGCUGGGUCUGAAAAAGGCCCCUCGAAAGGCUUUUGAUUUAUCCCAGCGAAGCUUGGAUUAUUUAGUUCAGUUACGUGAUCACGGCAAAACUGUUGGAGUCGUCGAUACACGAAAAAGGAGCAAACUAAUUUCUCCUCAGACACUUUCCGUAAGAAAUAACAAGAAGCUGCUGAUAAGUCAGGAUGCUCAGUUGCGGAGGCAGCUGAGACCCAGAUCACGGCAGAACGCACACCGGCUUUUUGAUUGUCAGACUGUGGCUGCUGCCAGUGCAGAGCCGCGCACGGCACAGGCGUCGGCGUCUGUGCCCGAGUCUGGGAGGUCAGAUUGUAAGAAGGGUGGGAUGGAGGUACUUGCCGACAGUCAUGGGAAGCAGUUAAUAAAGUGCGUGCCACCUGAACCAGAAACCAUGAAAGCAAAUUCUAUUUCUCGAGUGGCUGGUGACGCUGGUCUUUUGAACCAGAGCGAUUCUGUGGCAUUAGAUGGAAAAACACCAACUGACUUAAUUACUUCCACUUCAGAAGACCCGUUCCCUUGGGGUGGAGGCGGUUCCGCGGCUCGUCCUGCCGAGGGGGCAGCUUUGACUGAGGCAGGGCCUGAGUCUGGCAGUGACACAGACGACGAGAGCUUAUUUUUAACACAGAACGACCCUGAAGAUAUGGAUCUGUGUUCACAAAUGGAGACUUACAACGAUGAACUAAUUGAAGUAGGUCAUGGGAAGGUAGCAGACAGUGCUCUCAGUUGGCCGCAGUCGGAAUGUUUGCGUGACACGAAGUGCAAGGACCAGGAUUGUGUUGAGGCCAUGAAAAGCGCUGGUGACUACUGCGCGAGACAUUCGGAAGCUGAAGUUGCGGAUGAAGCUGUGUUCCGUAAGCCUGGCUUGCCUCCUUCUGCAGCCAAGCCUUUGCGACCUUCCACUACUAAGGUUUUUAGCUCAAGCAGCACGUCGCGAAUUGCUAAUUUUUCCAGGUCCUUGGAGAACGCUUCAGCACUUACAUCAGCUCUGAAAAACAAGUCCAGUGGGACGCAGUCUGUUUUGAAAGGACCACAGCCGGUGCCCCUGGUACUGCCAGACCCGGUGGGGGAAGGGAAGGGAUUGUGCAGUGUCCUUCCUCAGCCUCCAGCUAAUCCCAGCAGGCAGCGGCACACACUUCCGUUUGGGGAAAGCAAGUCUCUCUUCUCCGCUUCCUCUCCAGUAAACGCCCCCUUGUCGGCACAGUCUCUGUCUGACACCUUUGUUAAAGAGGUCCUAACGUGGAAAUACGACAUGUUCUUGAACUUCGAUCAGUGUGGGCCCCCGGCAAGCCUCUGUCAGUCCAUCUCACGACCCGUGCCCGUCAGAUUUCAAGACUGCGGAGACUAUUUUAAUGUGUUUUUCCCUUUGGUGAUGUUGAAUACUUUUGAAACAGUGGCACAGGAAUGGAUGAACUCUCCAAAUAAAGAGAAUUUCUAUCAGUUGCAUUUGCGAAAAUUUCCUGCCGAUUAUAAAAAAUACUGGGAGUUCGUGGUUUAUCUAGAGGAAUGUGAACUGGCUAAACAGCUUCACCCAAAGGAAAAUGAUUUGGUGUUUUUGGUUCCUGAACGACUGAAUGGAGAGAAGAGAGAUGCAGAGAGAAAUCGUGUGCAGGAUCUCUCUGAAUAUCAUUGCGGCUAUGUUCAUAAAUUUCGUCGCACUUCAGUCAUGCGUAAUGGGAAAGCUGAGUGUUCCCUUUCCAUCCAGACUCAGGAGAAUUUGCCAGCCAACUUGAAUGACCUUGUGAGAUGUGUUGUCAUCAGUUCUCUUGUAACUACACAAAGGAAGUUGAAAGCUAUGUCUCUGUUGAGUGGUGGGAACCAACUGGCCAGAGCUGUUCUGAAUCCAGAGCCCAUGAACUUUUGUGCAAAAGACGGGCUGACUACAUCAUCGGAGAGAAUUUUUGCUCACUUGAGAGAUUUCAAUGAAGACCAAAAGAAAGCAAUAGAAACUGCUUACAGCAUGGUAAAACACUCACCGUCAGUUGCCAAAAUCUGUCUGAUUCAUGGACCACCUGGAACAGGAAAAUCAAAAACUAUCGUUGGCCUCCUGUACUGCUUGCUGACGGAGAACCAGAAGAAGGGACACUCAGGUGAAAAUUUCAAUGCCAAAAUCAAGCAGAACCGCGUCCUUGUGUGCGCGCCUUCCAAUGCAGCUGUUGAUGAGCUUAUGAAGAAGAUAAUCCUCGAGUUCAAGGAAAAAUGUAAAGACAAGAAGAAUCCUUUGGGAAACUGUGGAGAUAUAAAUUUAGUGAGACUGGGUCCUGAGAAGUCCAUUAAUAAUGAGGUCCUGAGGUUCAGUUUGGACAGCCAAGUUAACCACAGGAUGAAGAAAGACUUGCCUUCUCAUGUUCAGGAGAUGCAUAGAAGAAAAGAGAUCCUGGACCGUCAGCUAGAUGAACUUUCCCGCCAGCGAGCCUUGUGCCGGGGAGGACGGGAGAUGCAGAGGCAGGAGUUGGAUCGAGAAAUUGUCAGCAUUUCAAAGGAAAGGCAGGAGCUUGCUUCUAAAAUCAAAGAGGUUCAAGGGCGCCCCCAGAAAACACAGAACAUCAUCAUCUUGGAGUCGCACGUCAUCUGCUGCACACUGAGCACCAGCGGUGGCCUGCUGCUGGAGUCGGCUUUCCGUGGCCAGGGUGGGGUGCCCUUCAGCUGUGUCAUUGUCGAUGAGGCUGGGCAGUCCUGUGAAGUGGAGACCCUCACGCCGCUCAUCCAUCGCUGCAACAAGCUGAUCCUGGUCGGGGACCCGAAGCAGCUGCCGCCCACCGUCAUCUCCAUGAAGGCACAGGAGUACGGCUACGACCAGUCGAUGAUGGCUCGCUUCUGCAAGCUGCUGGAGGAGGCCGUGGAGCGCAGCAGGGUGGGCAGGCUGCCCGUCCUGCAGCUCACCGUGCAGUACCGCAUGCACCCGGACAUAUGCCUCUUCCCCUCCAACUACGUGUACAACAGGAGCUUGAGAACAAAUAGACUGACUGAGACCAACCGGUGUUCAUCAGACUGGCCGUUUCAACCUUACCUCGUGUUCGAUGUCGGGGAUGGUUCCGAAAGACGGGAUAACGACUCAUAUGUAAAUAUUCAAGAAAUCAAAUUGGUGAUGGAGAUAAUCAAGCUUAUUAAAGACAAAAGAAGGGACAUCACCUUUCGAAACGUCGGCAUAAUCACCCACUACAAGGCCCAGAAGACGAUGAUCCAGAAGGAUCUGGACAAAGAGUUCGACAGAAGAGGACCGGCGGAAGUAGAUACUGUGGAUGCGUUCCAGGGCCGGCAGAAGGACUGUGUCAUUGUCACGUGUGUCAGAGCAAAUGCCUUGCAAGGCUCAAUUGGGUUCCUGGCCAGUUUGCAGAGAAUGAACGUCACCAUUACGCGAGCCAAGUACAGCCUCUUCAUCCUUGGACAUCUGAGGACCCUCAUGGAGAACCAGCACUGGAACCAGCUGAUUCAGGACGCGCAGAAGCGCGGCGCCAUCGUGAAGACCUGCGACAAGAGCUACAGGCACGACGCCCUGAAGAUCCUCAAGCUGAAGCCCGUGCUGCAGAGGCACCCGGCCCACCCCCCCACCACGGUCCCGGAGGUGGCCAGGCCCCAGGGCGGCCUGCCCAGCAACAGGCUGGACGGCGGGCUCGCCUGGACGUCCUUCGCUUCGUCUCUGUGCCACGCGCUCUCUGACGUCAAGGAGGACGCUGUGGCUUCCACGGUGCCCGAAAGGCAGGCGGUGCAGGACCCGCCUCGGGACCCGCGGCUACUGAAGAGGAUGCGCGCCGACGCCCAGGGCGGUGUCCUGAGGGAGCCACGGCCCCCGAGCCCCCAGCACCCUGGAUGCACCCCUCCGGCGGGAGAGCCCGGCUGCCCUGGCGCGCCGCAGGACGCGUGCGGUGCCGGGCAGCAGGCCGCGGCCAGGCUGGCCACGCUGAGCGCCCAGCAGCCUCCCGGGCAGGGGGAGCCUCUGGCUGCUGGUCCCGACGCUGCCGUGAGCAAGAGAAGGUGGGAGGCCCGGGCGCUGAGCGAGGGCGGGCAGGGGCGCUGUUACGCGUGGCGGGACUCGGGCUGGGACGCGUGGAGAGCGGAGGGCGACAGCAGCUCCAAGCAGCAGCAGCUCUGGCAGUGACGCCCGCCCGCCCUCCCGCCGCCGCGGGUCUCCGCGCCAGGCCGCCCGCUCGCCCUUAGCGGCUGCGGUGCUGUGGGAGCCCGGGCCCCUGGGCGCCUGUCCGCGGUGUCCUUGGGCGCCGCCUCGUUCCUUAGAAAGGUUAGACUGUAGUGAAUGUUGUAAGAGUUGAAAUGUAUAUUUGUAUAGCAAAUAACAAGACGCUUUUAAAGUUUAA